CGUUGAAUGUGAUAGGUGUUCUCCGACCCCCUGACAGUACUUACACCCAUCCAUCCAUACGGUAUUGUGACCCUGCAUUGUCAUCAUGAGUCUCGCUUUCAUCAACGCAAUCGAGGCUAAAGAAUCCCAUGCGGACGCGGUAUGGGACAUUGCUUGGACCACCGCUGAUACGGUUUUGUCUGCGUCUGCAGACGGAUCUGUACGCCAGUGGGACAUCUCUUCCGGCGAGACAUCCGCAUCUCGCCCUCCUCACACGCUAGCAAUUACCUCUCUUUCUGCUUCUCCGGAUGGAUCGCGUGCGCUAUACAACAGCUUAGAGGGAACAACGUCACUAUGGGACAUACAAGGAGACGCGUUAAUCGGCACACAUAAGAGCUUCGAUCGUUCGGUGCCGGGAGCUGAGGCGUCUUGGUCUGUCUCGCUGAACCCAAAAGGUGGCACAUAUGCAGGAGCAACAGGGACGGGGAACGUGCAUAUAUACUCGGCCGAACCAGACUCAUUCGGCGAGCGUCAAGGCACGCUCACGACAGGGCGGGGCAAACACGGCAUGUACUGUAAGCAUAGUCCAGAUGGUGCUAGACUUGCACUCGCGAGCGAAACCGGCCAAGUCUUCCUUUUCGACCUUGCUUCCGGAUCCUUGACUGCAUCCUACUCCACGCACGUCUCCGCUGUGCGGUCGUUAGCAUGGUCUUAUGACUCGCAACUGCUUCUUACCGCAUCGGAAGACAAGCGUCUUAUUCUACAUGAUGUUCGCAUUGGGGCGUCUGGGAAGCCUGGUGCAGGAGCGGUCGCUACGCUCGCGGGGCACUCAUCAUGGGUCCUUAGCACGGAUAUUUCACCAGAUAUGAGACUCGCCGCUUCUGGGUCUGCCGACAAGACAACCAAAAUAUGGGAUCUUGCAUCUCGAACAGCAGUAUGCACGCUUCAGGAGACUGGCGAGGUAUGGUCGGUAUCAUGGCGACCGAAGCCCCCGGCCCCGGGAAGCGCAGGAGCUCUUGUGACUGGUGGAGAGGACGGUGUUGUUCGUUGGUGGCGAGGUGCCGGUGGCGCCUGAGUAGGGAAGUGUGGAUUAUGGACUUCAUUUCACUUGGCAGUAAGACUCUACGCCCGAAAUUUUGGAUGAAGUGUUUCGUCCACCUCUUG